CCAAAAAUCCCAACAGAAACGCCCCAACCGAUUGAGGAGGCGAGGAGAAAAAUCCCCUUCUUUCGCUUCUCUCUCUCUCUCUCUCUCUGAACCCCGUCGACAGUUCGCCGAUCAUCACCACCGCCUCGUCUUCUCUGAUCAUCACCGCCGCCUCCUCUUCACUCGACGAUCUUCUCUCCCACCUCCUUCAACGCCGCCAGGCCCGCUACCUCCUUCAGCUCAGUUCCCUCCGGCCACCUCCUUCUCCUCUUCUCUUCAAGGUUGAUCUCAGAUUUGGAUCUUUUGGUAAUACAGCCUACCAACACCUGACUCAACCCAACCUGAUGAAACAAAAGAAAUCCAGCUGCCUGUAAAUUCGCAUGGCCCUUGCCUUUUCCUCAGUGCAUCGACUAACACACUUUGAGAUGAAAAGGAUGCAAUGCUUUACAAAGUUUAUUUGCCCAUUUCGGAAUCUAGUGAAGAGAACUGAAAUUCUAGCCCUAACCUCAGGAUGCUCAAAAUCUAGGUCAUACUCAAGUGUGCAAGAGGAUAACAAGAUCAGUGAUUUAUUGGACUAUAUGGAGAGGUUGAAGAAUUAUGAGAAACUAAGUGUCCCAAGAGGUGCUGGAACAGAUUCAGAGGAUGGCUUUGAUCUUGGAAGGAUGAGGCGGUUUCUAGAACAGCUUGGUAAUCCCCACUAUCAUUUUCAGGCUGUUCAUAUUGCUGGGACCAAGGGAAAAGGAUCAACUGCAGCAUUCCUUUCCAAUAUUUUACGGCAAGGGGGCUACUCUGUUGGCUGUUAUACAAGCCCGCAUCUUUUGACUGUUCGGGAGUGCAUCUCUUUUGGCAAAAAAGGAGGACAUAUUUCAGCUGAUGCGUUAAUAAAUCUUUUUCACCAGACUAAGGAAAUUAUUGAUCAGUCUAUCGAACUGGAAAAUGGAUCCUUAACCUAUUUUGAGGUUUUUACUGGCCUCGCCUUUCUUGCAUUUUUCCAAGAGAAGGUUGAUAUCGCUGUAAUUGAAGCUGGUCUUGGGGGUGCAAGAGACGCAACAAAUGUCUUGCGCAACACUGAACUUGCUGCAUCAGUAAUUACAUCUAUAGGUGAGGAGCAUUUAGCUGCUUUAGGUGGUUCCCUUGAAAGCAUUGCUGUCGCAAAAUCUGGGAUAAUUAAGCAUGGAUGUCCAGUGGUGAUUGGAGGCCCAUUUGAAUCUCAUGUUGAACACAUUAUUAGGGAUAAAGCUCACUCCAUGAAUUCCCCAGUUGUAUCAGCGUGUGAUCCUGGAAUUAAGAGUGCUAUAAAAUGCUUUAGCAGAGAGGAUGGAGAUCCUUACCAAACUAGUGACAUACGUAUCCAAGGUCGAGAGAAUUUAGAGAUGUUUGUUGACUUGCCUGAUGUAAAACUACGAAUGCUCGGAAAUCAUCAACUCCAAAAUGCAGUUACAGCUACCUGUACAGCACUUUGUCUACGGAAUCAAGGUUUUAAGAUAUCAGACAAAUCCAUUCGAGCUGGUCUAGAGCAGACAACAUUACCUGGGAGAAACCAGUUUCUAACUCGCAUGGAGGCUGAGACACUUGGUGUAUCUGAAGCAUCCAUACUUAUUGAUGGAGCACAUACCGAGGCAUCUGCUGAAGGAUUGUCAGAUGUAAUUAGGAUGACAUGUCCUGAUGGAAUGUUUGCUUUUGUGGUGGCAAUGGCAACUGAUAAAGAUCAUUUAGCAUUUGCAAGAAAAAUUCUUACAGGUCCGAGACCAGAGAUAGUUCUUCUGACCGAGGUGAGCAUUGCAGGAGGCAAAUCUCGUGCUACUCCAGCUUCAAUAUUAAAAGAUGCCUGGAGGAGGACUGCAGCAGAUUUAUGUUUGGAUUUUAUGGACUUUGGAGUGAUUGAUGAAGAGAAUAACCUUAAUAAGCUUAUCAGUUGUACACCGGCAUCAAGAGAUAACAAAAUAAUAAUCUUGGCAUCAUGCCAGAAUCUUUCGGUAUGUGAUUCAAUAAAAAUUGCUGACCAGUUGCUUAAAUUCAGAGACAGAGAUAAGUCACGCCUGAUUGUGGUCACCGGCUCUUUGCAUAUAGUUUCAUCGACAUUAGCUGCUGUGAGCAAAGUUGACGAAAUGAUUGUAUCAUAGGUUUUGUUGGAUAAAUUAUUUUGAGCCAGUUUUCCGUGCUUGGGUAUUAUAGGCCCCAUAAUGUUCUGUACCAUUGCAUUUUACAUAAUCUUGUUGGCGCCAUAAUGUUAUGUACCAUUGCAUUUUACAUAAUCUUGUACUAUGACAAUGUAGAGAACUUAUCUAUGGGCAAGUAUUUCAGAAGUUAUUCAAAUUUGGCUACAGUGUUCAUGAGCUCAGAGCGUGCAGUCAAGGUGAAGAAGCGAGCCACUGCCUUUCAACCAGACAGAAUUAUUGAUCAACACGUGUUCUCACAACAAUUAAAGUAUAACUUUAAUUUUUGCAAUAAAGUUUCCACUGUGAUCAUUUCAUUUGACUGGAGCUUGAUUGCAGCUUGAUGGCCUGAGGGAGAAAAAGAAGCAGCAGAAGAGUGAAGAACGAUCUUCCACAACUGGUAGUACCGUAAGAGAACCUUUCAAAGUUGCUGAUAAAAGCUAAAGUAGCCAAAGAAAUUCUUUUUGUAAAUUUAAUGGCUACGUCCCUCUGCAGCUUUUACUUUUGAGAACAUGGAUGAGAAAGCACAUAUUUAUUGCUUCUUCAAUUUUUCAUACUCAGUAUAGUCCUUAUAUGAUGAGGAUGCCUGCAAUACUUCGAUGA